CGACCAUUUUUCUGGCUGUCGAUUUUGUCUGCGUUGCUUUGCCUCCAGAAAAGCUUAGAGAGAGAGAGAGAGGGAGGGAGGGAGAGAGGGAGGGAGAAAGAGAGGGAGAGGGGGGAUGGAGGAGUCUGGUGAGCUUGGGGUCCGAGCUAUGGCGUCGGAGCCCGCAAAUGCGACCCCCAAUCUUAACGCGCCCUCCAAAUCCAGAGAAGAAGGCGAGCUGUCCUCCUCCGGCGACGAAGUCCCUGCGUGCAACCCUGGAAAACCCUCCCCUGCUGUAGUGUUCAAUUCAGUUUCUCAAGCCGUCAAUGAUACUCAGGCCAUUCAGGGUGGUGCUAAGGGUAUACAGUUGCAGAAAACCAUGCAACCAGUUUCUCAGAAGAGAUUUAACAGGAACCAAUUACCGCCUAAAUCCUCAAUGUGGCCUACUCAUGCAGGCACUGAUAAAAGUCUUGUGAUCAGCUUCUCUGAUGAUGAUAGUAGUAGCGACUCUGAAAUCAGAAAACAGGAUAAAGCUGUUGAAUCUAAAUGUAAUACUUCCAGAUUGGAUAGCAAUCAGAAGCCGCCUUCUUCAUCCUCGGCAAAAUCAUACAAGUUACUGAGUGGUGCUAAAAGUGUAAACAAGUCAGUGCCUAAAAGAUCACCAUUAAAUCACACAUCUUUUUCAUCAGUAACCAAAAUUCAUGGUUCUAAUUCUAAGGUUGCUGGAUCCUUCCCACCGGGUCAAGGAUCUCGAUCUAGAAAUUUCUAUAUUGUGAACAAAAAUUUAGCAAGUCAGGAGCGUAAAAAUGACCAGGGAGUGGUAUCAAAUAACAAUAAACUUCAGGAUUUGCGACAGCAGAUCGCAAUUCGGGAGAGUGAGCUGAAGUUAAAGGCAGCCCAGCAAAAUAGGGACUCUACUUCAACUUUGGGAAGGGAUCAUAAUGCCAUCAAACUGAAGAGUGACACUGCUAGAAAAUAUACUUAUUCAGAGAAUGCGCCAUUGGAAUCGAAGGAGCCAGAUAAGAAACGAUUAAAACUUGGCAGAUCUUAUGCUAGCCCUCAAGCUAUUGAAAGUCAGCCAGAGGUUCCUGCUACAAAGUCUGUGUUGCCAUCAAAAGAGUCUGCAUUUGAGAAUUGCAAUCCACGAGAUAGAAAUAAGGUUAAUCAUGGUGUGAAAGAGACUCCAUUACGCAUAGGAGAGAAAUUAGUUGUCAAGCCGCAGGGUCAUGACAAACGUCUUGACAUUUCAUCUCAAACUAUGCAAUCUAAACCCAGAUCUGACACUUGUGUCGAUAAUAACUUCAACCAGACGGACAAACAUAGUAGGGUGGCUGACUCUUGUGUUAAUUUCAACCAAAAUGGUCUUCCAGCAAAUUUGAUCUCCAAUAGUGUUCCAACGAGUACAGAACUGUUAAACAAUUUUAAUGAUCAGUCAAAUGACUCUGAGCAUAGCAACAUAGAUUUGAAUUCAUUUUUUGAAAUGGAAGAAUUGAUAGACAAGGAGCUGGAGGAAGCACAAGAGCACAGGCACAGGUGUGAAGUUGAAGAAAGAAAUGCUCUUAAAGCUUACCUGAAAGCUCAGAGGGCUUUGAUUGAGGCUAAUGGUCGAUGCACCAAUCUUUACCACAAAAGGGAAUUGUAUUCAGCUAAGUUAAAAUCUUUAAUUUUGAACAAUUCCGGUUUUUCUUGGUCCUCUGGCCAGCAUGCACAUCUUGAUUCAGGGCUGGAUUACCUUCCUAGACAUGGAUAUGCAAUACCCACAUCAAGUUGUCAGAGGCAGGCUGAAUUCAAUGAUGUUAACCAACUAGGGUUUGAUACAACUAAUGAAGAUGUCAACAAUGGACCCUCCAAUGCAAUGUAUCAUCAUAUGAAUAGAGUGAAUUUGGGGUCUGAACCUUGCAGUGAACCAGAUGCCAGUACAUCAGAGCCAUUGCCCCGAAGGGGUAAUAAAACUGUAGAUGGAGUUAAUUCUCCUUCUGAUGAAUUAGAUACAUCUGCUAAUGAUAAUGGAGAGAUGUCUCCAUCUUUACAUAUGUCUACUGAUCAUGACAAUGUAGAUCAAAGAAGGCAAUAUUCAAACACCAACUUAAUGGAUAGAGAUACUGCACCACAUUCCAGACUUGGUGCUGAGGAUCCUCAGGAUUCUUUGCUUCUUGAAGCAGCAUUAAGGUCAGAGCUGUUUGCAAGAUUAGGUACAAGAGCUUCAAAGAGUAGCAGUACAUGCAACAACCUAAGGCCUGCUGCUGAACAAGGGGAUGAAAAUGAGAAUAGGAAGAUACAUGAUGAAGUUGCCCCAUUAUCUCAAGCAGAAGAAAACGCUUUUAGAGAAAUUCAAAGUCAGCAAAACACUUGUAGAACUUCUUUGGUUUCCAAUUACAACACUGCUUCAAGGGAUCAAGGGUCUCUUGUUCUUCAACCUCAACACUCAAUUGGUGCAAUGAAGAUAUCACCAUUGAUUUUUAGGAGUGCAUUUAGUCACCUGAAGGAAAUGUCAAAAUCAAAUUCAAAACAAUUACUGAGUAAAAAUCAGUGGUUUCAUGUUAAUGAUGGUGAAAAUGAGAAUAAUAGUUGUCAUGGUGCUACUAGAACAGAGUGUGGUAGUAUGUUAGCAAUGGCAGUGCCUACUGCUGGUUGGAAUUUCGCUUCAGAAGAAAGCUCUUAUAGCUGCAGUCCUGCAGUUGAUCCAUUUUGGCCACUUUGCAUGUAUGAGCUCCGAGGAAAAUGCAACAAUGAUGAGUGUCCUUGGCAGCAUGUUAAAGACUAUAAUGAUAGAAACUAUCAGAACCAGCACUCUGAUAAUGAUGAUGCAGAUUGUCAAGGUGGAUUAACAUCACAUCAGCAAAGUGCAACUAAAGUUUUUAAAAGUCAAAAAGCUGCAAUUCUGCCAACUUAUCUUGUUGGCUUAGAUGUUUUGAGAGCAGAUCAACUUGCAUAUAAAUCUGUCCUAACGCAUAGAAAUACUCAGUACUGGCAGAAGUGUUUCAGUAUAACUUUAGCUACUUCAGAUUUGCUUCAAAAUGGUUUACCAGAAGAUGGUCCGUUCUUGCAUGGUGGUGAUGAACGAAUUGAAGUCCAUGGGACCUGGAACAAACAAUUAUCUUGUUUACAGUGGAAAAGAGCUGUGAAUCAAAAUGAACAGGCUCUUGCUGCUAAUGAGCAAGCUGUUGAGAUGGCACUUCUUGUUCUCAAUCAGGAAAUCAAUAAAUUGGAGGGCGUAAGAAAGGCUCUAUCUGUGCUGUCUAGAGUUUUAGAGACUGAUCCGAUAUCUGUGGUUAUCUGGUUUGUUUAUCUGCUGAUUUACUAUGGAAAUUUGAAGCCGACUGGAAAGGAUGACAUGUUCCUGUAUGCGGUCAAGCAUAAUGAGGGAUCUUAUGUACUAUGGCUGAUGUACAUUUACAGUCGGACACAGCUUGAUGAACGGUUGGCUGCCUUUGAUGCUGCCGUCUUGGCACUCUGUCAUGAUAAAUCUGCUGUCAAGGAUGGAAUACAUAGUAGCGCGUGCAUCUUAGACAUGUUUCUGCAGAUGGUUGAUUGUUUAUGCAUGUCAGGGAAUGUUGAGAAAGCCAUUCAGAGAAUUCAUGGAGUAUUCCACAAUACAACAAAGUCCGAUGAGCCUCAUCAUCUGUCACUCUCGGAUAUACUAAAUUGCUUAACUGUUACUGACAAAUGUGUGUUCUGGAUUUGUUGUAUUUACUUAGUUAUUUACAGGAAAUUGCCGGAUGCUAUUGUACAAAAGUUUGAGUGUGAGAAAGAUCUUGACAUUGAAUGGCCAGUUAUCCAUUUAUCAGAAGAAGAGAAACAGAUGGGUGUUAAACUUGUGGAAACAGCUGUUGAAUCCGUUGACUCUUCCAUCUAUAAUGAAUCAGACAAAAAUGAAGUUAAUCUGAGGUUUCUUCAACUUUUUGCUCUCAAUCAUGUUAGAUGCAUGGUUGCACUGGAUAACCUGGAAUGUUUGUGGAGCUUGUUGGAUAAAUAUGUCAAGUUGUACCCUUGCAGCAUUGAGUUGGUUUUAGAAUCAAUUCAUAUACAGAAACAGGAGAAUGGGAUUGAUACUUUCAUGGGAUUUGAGGAAGCCAUUAGCAGGUGGCCGAAAAAAAUUCCUGGAAUCCAAUGCAUCUGGAAUCAAUACAUUGAAAAUGCUAUCCAGGAUGGAAGAAUUGAUUUUGCUAAAGAAAUUACAGUCCGAUGGUUUCAAUCUGCUUGGCAAGUUCAGGAAUCCCAUGAUGCAGAAACGGACGCCACAUAUUGUGAUCAUUCUUCCAGUUCUUUGGGAGUUGAUUCUAAAUCAUUUCCAGAUACUGCAAGCUCUGGUCUUAGCCAGAUGGAUGUAAUGUUUGGAUUCCUUAAUCUCUCUCUCUAUAAAUUUUUUCAGGAUGAUGAAACAGGAGCUUGCAUAGCAAUUGACAAGGCAAGGGAAGCUACCAAUUUCGGAGCUUUAGAUAAUGGAAUGAGAAAGCAUGCAAUGUUUUUGCUUAUUGAUGCCUCAUGCCUAAAAGAUAAUGGUCCUAAUGGUGGCAUCAAGAAAAUUUUGGAGAUGUAUAAUGAUAGCGUCUUUCAGAAUUUUAUGGCUCCCAAGCUGAUGACAAGAAAAUUUUUUGACGACGUCAAGAAGCCUCGAGUCCAGCAGCUUAUGAGUAACUUACUAAGUCCAGUUUCAAUUGAUUAUUCUGUGAUAAACUUGGUUCUUCAGUCUUGGUAUGGUUCAUCACUUUUACCUCAAACAUUCAGUGAUCCAAAAGAACUGGUGGAUUUUGUUGAAGCCAUCUUGGAGGUGGUUCCCUCCAAUUUCCAAUUAGCAAUUUCUGUCUGCAAGCUUUUGAGCAAAGGCUUCAAUUCUGCUGAUGCUGAUCAAACUUCAGCUAGUUUGUUGUACUGGGCUUGUUCAGCUAUGGUCAAUGCAAUUUUAGAUGCCAUCCCAAUACCCCCAGAGUACAUCUGGGUGGAAGCUGGGUUGUUGCUGGAUGACGUUAUGGGCAUUGAGGCCAUUUCUCUGAGGUUUUAUAGAAGGGCUUUAACAGUGUAUCCAUUCUCUGUAAGGUUGUGGAAAUCCUUCUGCAACCUAUACAAGGUUUUUGGAGAGGCAGGCGAUGUUAUUGAAGCAGCAAAAGAAAGGGGUAUUAGUAUUACAUCUGAAUGACUUCAUAACACACUAUUAUUUCACUGAAUGCCAGAUUGUUAAUGGUAGGAUCAAUACCCUUGUGUUCCUUUUGGGCCAGCUUUUCGUCUUACAAUUGGAGGCCUAGAGGGAGGUUUUGUUUUUGUAUAGGACAACGCUGCCCCUCAGCUUGAAUAGUAUUUAGUAUAUUUGGCAUUUUGGCACAGAAUUGAAGACAUAGUUUAUGCAAGGUAUGAGCUAACAUAACUUGUACAGUGGCGAUUUUGGGCACUUAGCUUGUUAGUUCUUCUGUAGGGUGGGUUUGAAGUUUUGGUGACAUUUGAGGAUAUUAUUUUCCAUAAGAAAUAGAUUAUACUAAUAUUUGAUGUUGUGGUUUUUUUUUUAAUUGUUUCUUUAAUUUGAAAGGGAACAAAUGUUUUUCUGUUGUGCCCAUGUACCUAUUUUAUCACAUCAAUGGAUUUGUUUAAAGGAAGAUUUGUCAUUGGGAGCAGCAAUAUUAA